AGGGAACUCGUUGUGGAACAUUCAGGUCAGUAAGGCGGCUAGAGAGGAGCAGUUCGGAGUGGAUAUCCUCCCAGGGAAGAAUAGCUGAAAUUAGAGGAGGGAAGGCAGGCAGGCCUGUCAUUCGGAGCGUGUUUGACAGGUGUCCCCUCCAAAGCUUCAGCUUAAAGCGUCUACAGUUUUUUUUGGGGGGGGAUGCACAGAUCUGACAGGCUCAAAGGACAAGCCUUUAAAAGCUAGCGACUUGGAGAGCUUUUAAGGCUCUGCAGAUUCCAUCUUAUCGGAGAAAGGUGUUUGUGUGGCUGAGAGGCUUCAGCAGGAUGGAAAUUGAUGCCUGUUUUCGCUACUACUUCCAGCACCCGUGGUCGCGUCUCAUCGUGGCCUACCUGGUCACCUUCUUCAACUUCCUCGUCUUUGCCGAGGACCCCAUCUCUCACAGCCAGACAGAAGCUCAAAUGAUUGUGGUGGGCAACUGCUUCUCCUUCCUGUUCAACAAGUACCCGGGCCUCGGGUGGAACAUCCUGAAAGUAAUUUGCUGGAUCCUGGCCAUUAUUACCGGCCUGUUAGCCGGGAAGUUUAUAUUCCACCGCCAGCUCUUUGGUCGAUACCUGCGCCUGAAAAUGUUCCGCGAGGAUCAUGGCUCCUGGAUGACCAUGUUCUUCAGCACCAUCCUCUUCCUCUUCAUCUUCUCACAGAUCUACAACCUCUUCCUGCUGAUGGCUGGAAGCAUGGAGCCUCACAUGGUGACAGACUACAUGGGCAUCAGGAAUGAGAGUUUUAUGAAGAUUGCUGCGGUGGGGACAUGGAUGGGAGAUUUUGUGACAGCUUGGAUGGUGACCGAUAUGAUGCUUCAGGAUCAACACUACCCAGACUGGGGCAAAACUGCAAGAAGGUUCUGGAAACGAGGCAAUAAUCGGAUUGUCCUUUUCUGGACGGUCCUCAUCUCUCUGACCUCGGUGGUGGUUCUGGUCAUCAGCACCGACUGGAUCAGCUGGGACAACCUGAACCGCGGCUUCCUGCCCAGCGACGAGGUCUCCAGAGCCUUCCUAGCCUCCUUCAUCUUGGUCUUCGACCUUCUCAUUGUCAUGCAGGACUGGGAGUUCCCUCACUUCAUGGGUGACCUGGAUAUGAAUUUGCCCGGAAUGUCAACAACACACGUGAAGGUCAAGCUUCCUGUCUGCAAGCGUAUCUUUAAGGAGGAGUACAACAUUCACAUCACAGGUAAAUGGUUCAACUAUGGCAUCAUCUUCCUUGUUCUUAUAUUGGACUUAAACAUGUGGAAGAACCAGAUUUUCUACAAGCCCUACGAGUACGGGCAAUACGUUGGGCCCGGAGAGAAGAUCUAUACGGUGGAAGAGCCAGAAACGCUUAAAGACUUCAACUACAGCACACUUACCUACGAGUGGCGCUCCACGAACAUCAACCCCAGCACCAACAAGACGUACGUGGAGCGGGACAUGUUCCUUCACAGCCGUUACAUCGGGGCCAGCCUGGACAUUAAGUGUCUGGCCUUCAUCCCAAGCCUGGCGGCCUUUGUCCUCUUUGGCUUCUUCGUCUGGCUGUUUGGGCGUUUUCAGGACAGCGAGACAUUCACAGAAAGCCACGACAAGGCAUACGAGAGGAUAAAGAAGAAAUCACCUUCCGAGUACAGCAAGGAGAUGGGAGUGACCCCGGAGGAUACUCAUGUGACUAUGAGCAACAGCCUGAAACGGUUGGGAACGCCGAUGCUCCUGUCGGUGGACGGGCCGCACUGUGGAACGACGCCUUCGACGAACUCGACCAUAUCGAUGGACACCCAGGAGACGCAUCCGAGCAUCGUGAUCGACAGCGCGGUGCAGAAUGAGCCCGUCGUCUCGUUUGACGUCCACAGACUCUCCCCAUGAACAAAGGGGCUUCAGAAACUGCUUAAAAGCAGAAAGAAUUCACCAAGACUUCAGAUUGAUACAGUGGAUUUUUUCUUAACCACUACACUUUUUCCAAGCACAGGCUAAAACAUAAAUAGUUUGUUUGUCUUUUAUUGGGAUCUUAUGUAAUAGACCAACACAAAGUAGUGUGCCGUUGUGAAGUCGAAGGGGAGUGAGUAAGGGUUUUAAAAUUAUUUUACAAAUAAUUAAUCAGAAUGUGUUCAGUGCAUAUGAAUCUAGCCCCUCUAAGUUUUAUACUCUUUCUGCUUCUCAAAAAUAGCUUGAGCUUGAUCAGAUAGAAUGGAGAGUGUCUGUCAACAUCAAUUUUCACACUUAACUGGAUCGGACUAAGUUUGGACUUUGACUAGGCCACUAUGACACAGGAAUUAGCAUUGAUUUAAAGCAGUUUGUUUUGGGUUGCUAUUCUGCCCCAAGACUCUGCAGCCUCCAAGAGGGAUUCUUCCAGGGUUGUCCAGUAUUUAGCUCCCUCCAUCUUCCUGUCAACUCCGACCGGUCUCAUUGUCCGUUGUGAUGAAAAACAUUCCCCCAGCAUGAUGCUGCCAAUCCACGCUUCACCAUGGGAGUUGUGUGUUUUAAGGUUGUGUGCAGAGCUACUUUUCUGCCACAUGCAUUGUUUUGUAUGUAGUCCAGCUUUGGGAUAAUCUGAUCAGAACAUAUCUGAUCUUCCAUAUGUUUGGUGUGUCCCCUGUUAUAAACAGGACUCCUUAUGACUUUCUUUACACACUGCGUUUGCUCUGGUCACUCUCUCAAAAAUCCCAGAUUUGUGGGUCGCACAACUUCUAGUAGUCAUGUCAUCAGACUCUUCAAAGCUGAGCUUAGCACCUCUUCAACUCCUCCUCCUGGCUGCGUCUCUGGUUUAUGUUCUUACCAGGCCUGUCAGUUUAGGUGGAUGGGUGUUGAUGUAGUUCGUGCUAAAAUAUUGGUCUUAACAAUGAUAGUUGUUCACUAAUGAUCUCUAACAGAUGUUGUUUAGUGGUAUUAGAAUAAGGGGCUGAGUACAAAUUCCAGCUAGACAUUUAAUAUUUUUUCUAAGUAAAAGAAAUAAAUAAAAACUGCUAAGUGUUUUCCCGUCACAGUUACGCUUUACUUUGUUUUGGUCACCACAUAAAAUCUGAUUAAGACAUAUAAAAACGUGUGUAAAAGAGUGCGAGAUAGAAAAAAAAUUAAGUGGAUGGACACUUGCUAUAGGCAGUAUACAUUUAAGAUAAGCGAUAUUAACAAAGAAGGUCCUGAUGUUAUUGUAGUUUUCAUAUAGUUUUCUAAAAUCUGCUCUAAAAAAAGCCUCCGUAUUGGCGCCAGUUCUGAUGCAACUUGUUUAAUAUGAAGCAGAUCUUUUUGAAACAGAUCACAAACGUUUAAUUGACACGGUGCUCGCUCGGAUUUUCAUAAUUUACUUUAGUCAUGGUUAAACUAAUGGGUGCCUAUAUAUCUAAGGAGUGUUUCUGCUUCUGUAAUUCAGAGUCAAAGCAGUGUUACAGCUACAAUUGUGCCUCGAUAUUUCAUAUGUUUAUAUUACUAAUAGCCUACUGUUAUGGAAGAUGUCCUAUUUAUGGUAUGCUUGACUAAUCCCUGCUGUAUAUCCUCAUAUCAAACCAACAAUUGUUACCUCAUUUGGUCCUCAGCUUCUGUCAUUUUAAUUUAUUCUCUUAUGUUGCUUUUAAUCUAUUUUAAAUGUAUAUCUCUUGUCGAAAUGACACGAUUAUCAGCAUCAAUCUACGUUGAUGACCUUUUCAUAUCCCCUCACUUGAUAUUAGGCUCAGAGAUAAUAAAUGCAAUCAGCAGAGAUGAAAUAGCAAAGCAACAAGCCGCUCGAUGAUUGCAAAUGUGGCUCCUGCUCUUUUCUCUGAAUACCAACCAAGUCGGGUGGUUGGUUUUGCCCUUGGCAUCAACAUGCUAUUGAAGUGGAGGGGUAUCUGUUUUUUUUUUCCUUCCUUUAAAGCUCAGGUCUUCUUUAUGUCUAAAUAAUCUUUGAAGGUUUUGAAAGCUGUUUUUGCAGGUAUGUUUUUGAAUAUUGUUCAGUUGGCACAUCUUUCUGCUGAUCCGUACUCAUUUUGUAGUCUGCAGUAUUUAUCUUCACAGUCGCUUUAAUGGUGUCUUUUUCAGAAUUUUCUUGUCUUUGUAAUGUAUAUCAGUGGGAGUGGGUCCAAAAAAAUGUGCCCUUAGACAUUUUUCUUUAAAGUGCAAAUAUGAAUUAAAUUAUUAAUGAGUUACAGAUUUUUUUCAUGUAUAUUAAACGCUUCAGCAAGUACUUUGAAUACUUUGUGACCAAAGAUUCCGGAUAACCCGAUAUUUUAAACCCACCAGGGAUAUGGUAGGACACUUGGUACAUACUUAUCUUUAUGGUAAGAUUCAGAGACACAUAACAGAGUCCCCUGACAGGUUUCCCUUGGAAGGAAAACACCAAACACAGCCAAUUUAACCCUCUCCCCCCAAUAAAUAAAUAACAUACCCCUCAUAAUAUCGCCUUCCAAAGUUUCAUGAAUUCAACAUUUAAAGCGGCAUUAAGUGAAAUUUUUAUCAUAAUAUAUCCUCUUUCGAAGAUAUAGUUGGUAAUCUUGUUCCGAAACACUUUUUGUAAUACUGGGUGAAAUGGUCCUUCCAUCCAGAAAGUAGUAAACAGAUUAUAUAUUCACAAAAGGACGUAAAAAAAAAAUACCUUUUCUGUAAAACUCUAACCAAUCCGUGUCCUUCGUUCUGAAGAGCAGGGAUUUGACAGAGGUAUUUUCCUGCUUUCAAAAUUACUUAGUGCUGCUUUAAUGUAAGUACAUUUAUUUGUAAGUGUAACUAGCUUUUAAAAUGACAAACAUUUAAUGGCAGUUUUGAAUAACCCAAUUACAUUUCUUUUAAAAACACCCUGAUAAAUAAAAGGAAAGUUAAUGAUUUUAUAUCCAUAUUUGUUCUGGUAAUUAUAUUUCUUUAAAUUCAUUAUAAUUAUAAUUGAACAGAUUCAUGAAGUGUAUCUAGUUACGUAAUACAUAAUGUUAUAUGUGCUUAAUUUCUCUUUGUUUGCAACAAGAUGUUUUUUAACUGAUAGAUUAUUACACAAAGUAUUAUGACAGUAUAUACUGGCGAGGCACUCCACACUGGAGUUCAUUAUAGCUGGGAUUUAUGUGUCAAUGGUUAGUAGAGCACAUUGUGUGUCUGUGGAUGCUUGUUUAUGACAGAGGCCAUUCUGUGAAGAGGUCAGUUUAUUUGGCAUAGUUGCUUCGCAGCUCUUGAUUCUGUAAUUCUUUUUAUUUAUUUAUUUUUUGUUCAUUAGGAGCCAAAAAUCACAUUGUAGCAUUUAACCAAAAAGGUACGACAUUUGUUGGGGGACAUAAACGAAACUUUAAGAUGUUUUCAUGUUAUUUGUUUCUUCUUUGUGUUUUGUUUUACAAAUGGACCCAUCCUUGUUUUUGCUGUGUUGUAUACGUGUCCAAUCUUGUGCUGCCAAUAAAUCUUUUUUGUUUUUUUACAUGC